AUGGGACAGACAGUAUCAGCGAUAACUGAAGAGCUGUCGCGGAUAAGUGAAGAUACAACUUCUUCACACUAUCAGCACAAUCAGCAAGUAGGCAACUUGCAAGGAAAGACGACUUCCCAGAAGAGAGAAAGUCCUUCUUCCCUUUCACAUUCUCCGUUAAUUUAUCAUGAAGCGACUACUAAAAAUGAACAGGAUUAUGCGUUCUACCACCAUACGCGAGAUACUUCUACACGAAAUGAAUUUGCAACGACUUCCUUUAAGCAGAAUAAUUCUUAUCCUACCACUUCUCGCCCUUAUACGAUUACACAAUCUGAAACCACG